CUCACACCACCUCCAACUCCACCUAUAGUGCAUCAUCCUCCUCCUCUACCAUUAACAUCUUACCCCACGCUGCCUCAAGCUCCUCUGGUACCCUCAUCUGUAUCCUCAUACCCAAUAUUAGAACCCACUUCUUCUUUAUACAGAGCUUCUAAUUUCCCUGUUGUCUCCACCGUGACAUUGAUACCCUCUUUAAGAUUACCAAUGGAGAUUUCAACCCUAACUCCUCCACCAGUGCCCCCUCCUAACAUCCUUGCAGUUCCAUCAGGAUCUCCAAAUACCCAAUCGACUGAUUCUCAAUCAAUUAACUCAAACAUCCCUGUAUCCCUCCCAGUCUCUGAUAAACAGAGUUGGGAUGAGGAAGGGACAUAGAUAUAAUACAAGAUUCCAGGCAAAAAGGAAUGAGAACAGAAGUGGAAUAUCAGAAAGGUUGUUCCCAUUGCGGGAAGUACCCAUGGGGGGUGCAAGAGGGAGUACAGGGUUUGUAAAUGCCCCUCUAACCGCCUCGGAGGUACGAAACUUUAAGAAAGAGAUGAAAGCCUUAUUGGAAGAUCCAACUGGAAUCUCUAAUCAGUUGGAUCAAUUCCUAGGUCCCAGCGUGUAUACCUGGGAAGAAUUGAAUUCAAUAUUGAAUAUAUUGUUUCCACCAGAAGAGAAUCAAUUGAUUAGAGCUGCCGCAAUGAGAAUAUGGGAGAGGGAAAAUCGAAUUGGCCCCAGAGGGGAGGAGAAAGUUCCAAAUCAGGAUCCCAGCUGGAAUCCUAAUGAGGAAGAGGGAGGAAGAAAUAUGAGGGACUACAGAACAUUAAUAAUUAGAGGUAUAAGGGAGGUGGUACCAAGAGCUAAUAAUGCAAACUUAGCCUUCGAUAGCCACCAGGAAAAGGAGGAAACACCUAGUGCGUGGCUAGAAAGGUUAAGAAGAAACUUUCAGUUAUACUUGAGUGUUGAUCCAGAGAGCCCAGAAGGACAGGUUCUAGUAAAAAUACAAUUUGUGACCAAGGCGUGGGUGGAUAUAAGAAGGAAAUUAGAAAAAUUGGAUGAUUGGCAGGAAAAGGGGUUGAAUGAACUGUUGAGAGAAGCACAUAAAGUUUAUUUAAGGAGGGAAGAGGAGAAAACAAAAGCGAAAGCAAAAAUAAUGAUAGCGGUGGCCAAAGAGAGCAUGGGGGGAGAAAAAGGAGCAGCCAAAAGAGAUGACAGAAGAGAAUUGAAGAGGUCCCGGGGUGCCCAGGGAUGGGGAUCUGCCCCUCCCAGGCUGAUUCUGUCACCUCCCUUCCCCCAUCAUCACCAGCUCGGGGCUGCUCGAGGGAUCCACGGGGCCUGUGCCACUGCUCCCUGAUGGGCCUGUGGCAC